AUGCUCCUGCAAGGCAUCAUUCAACCUUCCUCCUCCCCGUGGGCAGCGCCGGUAACUCUGGUAAAAAAGAAGGACGAUUCCCUUCGUCUCUGUGUUGACUACAGACGCCUCAACGCGGUCACGGUCAGAGAUGCCUUUCCUCUUCCCCGUUUGGACGGCAUCCUAGCUUCUAUGGCAGGGAAGAAAUUCUUCUCUACCCUUUACCUCUCCUCGAGCUACUGGCAAAUCGAAGAACACCCAGAAGAUCGCGCAAAAACCACCUUUGCCCUGCCCUCGGGACUCUUCGAGUUCACCACACUACCUAUGGGCCUAGCUAAUGUAGCGGCGACCUGCCAACGCCUCAUGCAGAAAUUACCGAAAAACCUCUGUCCCUCCAAGUGCCUUGUUUACAUAGACGACGUCAUAGUGUGGGGUACCACGAUAUCAGAACUGCUAGACAGCCUUUCAGAAGUCCUAACGAGGUACCAAGAUGCCAGUCUGACACUCAAUCCAAGGAAGUGCAAGUUCCUCCAACUAGAAAUUCGCUUCCUCGGCCACAUGGUAAGCCGCGAGGGCCUCCAAACGGACCCUGACAAGAUCCAGGUAGUCAUAAACUGGCCACAACCGGUCAACGUAGAUGAAGAACAUGUUCGUUCCUGGGCCUAGCAGGAUACUACAGGGCUUUCAUUCCGUCGUACGCUCGCCUUGCCUUCCCUCUCACGAGACUGACCGAGAAGUCCCGACCAUUUAGGUGGACAACCGAAUGCGAGAACGCAUUUUCACACCUCAAGGAAGCCCUUACCGCCGCCCCCGUUCUCAGUUUUCCCGAUCUCAGUCGUGACGGACCCCCAUUUAACCUAGAUACAGCUGCUGGUAGUCACGCCGUAGGAGUACUGUCGCAGACAGACACCGAUGGCAGAGAGCACGUUAUACAGUACGGCAGCCCUACGCUUGAUAAUUCGGAACGAAAUUAUAGCGCAACACGACGAGAGAUGCUAGCUCAAGUCUCCUUCAUCAAGGGAUUUGCUGCGCUUUUAAAAGGCAAACCCUUCAUCAUUAGGACGGACCACCCAGCUCUGGAGUGGCUACAAAAUUUCCACGAACCGGAAGGACAAGUAGCAAGGUGGCAGGAAAUGUAGGCGGAUUUGGACUUCACCGUUGUACAUCGCCCUAGGAAGCAACACCUUAACGCGGACGCACUAUCGCGAAUUCCCAUGCGCGAGACCCACAGCUUCUCCGCUUGCCAAGAUCUCGACGCUAAUGCUUUGUCGGUGACCACUUCGGCGGUGAACUGGGUUAACCUACAAGCCAAUGAUCCAGAUGUCGGUCUCAUCUACGGCCGAUUUGUGCGAGGUUCCAUCAAACCGUCGAAAAAUCAGAUGUCAAGAGAAAGCCGUGAAGCACAAGCCCUGUGGGCCUCCUGGCAAAACCUUCAUAUGAGGGAUCGAGUACUUUUCUUCAAGUAUGACCCCCAAUCCCCGACCCGCCUCGUCCUCCCUCGGGCUCAUACACGCAGUGUCUUACGGGAGUUACACCUCCAACUGGGCCACGCGGGACAAGGCCAACUGGAAAAAGCGGCGAGGCUUCGCUUCUGGUCACCUAAUCUUCGUCAAGAUGUGGCACUCAUAUGCCAAGAUUGCUGAGUUUGUGCGUGAUUUAAACAUCCCACUCACAAUCCCAGAGCACCGUUGCAACCGAUGUCCACCGGCUACCCGAAUCAGCGCCUUAGAGUCGACAUCGUGGGCCCCUUCCCACAAUCACGGAAGGGUAAUCGAUACCUUUUAGUGAUGGUCGACUUUUUCACCAAAUGGGCGGAAGCAGCUCCCCUACCUGACCAGACAGCGGCUACAGUCGCAGAUGCGAUCAUGAGUACGUGGGUUGCCCGUUUCGGGGUGCCGGAUGUUAUUCACUCCGACAAGGUGCCAACUUCGAAAGCCUCUUAGUACAUGAAUUAUGUAGUCGAAUCGGCAUAGAGAAAACGAGGACCACAGCUUAUCACCCACAAGAAAACGGACAGACGGAGAGAACCAAUAAAUCUAUUUUGUCUCUAUUACGAGCGUUCAUAGAUUUGGCCAACAACGACAUCUGGGACACCCUCAUUUUCCAUUGUCUCCUAUCCUACCGCAGUACCAUACACAAGUCAAUGGGCUUCACUCCCGCUAUGUUGACUUACGGCCGCGAACUUCAACUCCCUUUGGACUCUUAUCUACCUACCCCAAGACCCGAGUUCCCCACGCCCCCAUCCUACAUCACGAGACUGAUAGAGAUCCAUCGAGAAUGUCAACGGCUGGCCAGCACACACCUGCAGGAAGCUCAACUAUCACAAGCCCGCUUUUACGACCUACAAAGACACGGUUCAGCGUUCCAACCAGGCGAUGCGGUGUGGCUUCACAGGGAUAAUCCUCCACCGGGGCAACCUAGCAAAUUCCACAAUACGUGGUCCGGCCCCUUCUCCGUCGUCCAGUGCUUACCCAACAACGUUUAUCGAAUACUCGAGGCCGACAACCCGAACGCCCUCAUAGUCCACUUUAACAGGUUAAAGGCGGAUCAUCCCCUCGAACCCCUUGACCCACCUCUCAUAAUCCCUAGCGACAAUAUCCCGGUUGGUCAAACCGUCGAAGUUUCUUCCUCCAGCCAAUGAGGACAGCGGCCUUUCAGAGAGGAAGGCUUUGUCACACACGCCACACUUCAAGCGUGCAUUGUCAUACCUUCCUGGUAACCUUUAUUCUUGUGUUUACGCUUUAGGUCUGCCCAAAUGACUAUAACUCGACAAGAGUCUGGCAGUAUCUCAAGUUCGCCCAUCUGCGCUUCGUGUGUUUCAUUAUUAAUAGUAAAUAAACUCUCAUCAUCGCUCCCCACGUUCUACGUCAGUGUGUGUGUGUUGUGAACUGUUUGUCCCUAUCUUAUCUGGAGUAUUACAGAGGAAAAUAGGAAUGAAUCUAUUAGCCUUUUCGCGCGCCAUUUAUAAAUAACGUUCAAGGUCAGCUGGACAAUUAAUCGCCCGCACUGAUUAUCUAUUUUUAUGACCGAUCUAGCCCACUUUUGUUCUUAGGCACGUUUACGAACUAAAUAGCGGUCUAAAAAACGUUUUUAGUUGCCACCCUUGUGGUGGUCAGGCCCACAAAUUGUCUCAUUUUCUCUCACUUGAUAUUUGUUAACUCCAUGGACAGAUGCCUCGAUUAGACAACCGCUAAUAUUGUUAUUAAUGAACUGACUACUGCUGCCUACCUCUAUUGUAGCAGAUUUUGGGGGUCCUUUUGCUGGGACUCAGUGUCUACCAGCUUUAUUUUGCCGGCACCUCUCUUGAGAGUCCACAUUUUAUAUCGUUUAUUGCGCUACCUAGUUCAUAUUGGCCACGUUGAUGCAGACAUUAUUAAGCACUUCAAUGUCUCAAGCCGAAAAUAUCGUUCCACUGUCUUAGCACGCUUAAUUUUUAAGAUUAGAACCUUGUUUUCCAAACUGUACUGCCCAAACACAGUAUGCCGACUAAUUCUGGAAUUAUACAAAUCCGCCUAUCCUUUCGAAAGUCUGUUAUCCUACAUUACAUUUCUGAAUGUAAAAUUUCUCGUCAUGGCAUCCGCUAUAUAUUAGAUCAGACUGGGAACAUUGCGUGUUACACAUUUUAAUGUGCAGUGUAUACGAAUCGUUAUGAACAAGUUCUCAUUUGGUAGCCGAUGAACAUCUAAGGGAAGCUUUCAGUUUUCCACAAUUUACCUAGGUACUCUAACCUUUCCCCCUUUCUCACCUAGAGGCUUUCUUAUCAGGAAUAUGCGCUAAAACCCAGAAAGUAUUGCUGACAAAUAUUUACUCCCUCGUUGCAUGUUGCAUAGUUGAAUUGCCCACUAGACUGAGGAAUAAGUCAGAUGCGCUCGUAUCUUCUGUCAAUGCCUUUUAUGGCUCUGGAACUCUAUAAUGCUUCAUAGAUCCUUGGUUGGCGGCAGUUAAACUCUAUCUUACUCAAUACCAAGCUCCAGUUCGACCAUUUAAAACUGAGUCGGGAAGUAGACUUCUGGUCAUACCUAAUACAGCUAAAUCUCCAGUCGUCGCUUCUUCGUCGAUAUAGACCUCGAAAAUGAGCUUCCGUAUACGACGUGUUUUUUUGUCUCUCGUAAACAUAGCAUAAAUUGGGUAACUUUUAUUCAGGCUGGAAACGUAAGCUUGCAUGCCUUGUUGCUAGUAGACCUGCUCCGUAAUUAGACAAAUCUUCAAACACGUUUAUCCACGAAUUCAGCAUUGAUCAUUUGUCGUCCGGAUCAGCCCUGUCCAAUAUUACACGGUGACUGCCAUCGUUAGCGCAUCAAUCUUUGUUUGCUGGCGAUAGGUCGCUUGACCUAAAGCUAUUUAAAAGCGUUUUGCCAGUGGCCUCAAUCCUCCUAGAAUCUAUAGUUUUUGCUGCACUUCUACGACAGAGUGCUCUUUAAGAAUGCUUCGGUCUACAAGGCGUCCCCGGGAAACGUCCCUACGUUCUAAUUUCUUCCAUCUACCACUGUUAUCCUCAUCAGCGCUUAUGCGACGAUGCUUGUAGUCGAUCGGUCAAACGCCUCCUAUCCAGCUGCUGGACACGAUUGAAUACACAAUAGUUUAUUUGCGCGGACGAGUAUUUAGAAGGACUGCUAACAGUAGUCCUAGAGCCCGAUUAAGUGAAUCACCGCUUACUACUCAAUUACACAUGCUAUGCGUUACUCGAGUACAAAGGAUGCUGACGACGCAGCGCCCAGUAGCUCAUGUAGAGUUGGCUGUCAGGUGAGCAGUCAAACUCAUGCAUGGGUCUCACUUUCGUUAAUGUGCAGUUUAGGUGUAUGGAAGCAGAUAAAAGUGCAUAGCACGUCUUUAAACAGUGAGUUGCCACCGUUUUCUUGACGCUUGACGUUGUUUCUGUUCCGUUGAUUUCGUAUCCGGAAAAAAGAACACACUGGAUGACAUCUCAGAAGGUUACUAAGUCGUUUCUAAUCUCUAACGGAGCUUAGUUUAGGGUUUUUUGUUUGCAUUUGAUCGACUUUCUGAUAUAAUUAGCCAACCAUCUUUUUGUGGGUGGACGUCCCUUUUUGUGCAUUUUACAAACUCAAAAAUUCCUCCAAUCCUAUAGGAACUGUACCGCUCCUCUUCCUUCGUCACUGUAUUCGAAUUCGAUUAUGAGCCUGUUAAGCAGUCGAGACGACUGAAAUUGUCACAUGUACUUCCUCUUUUUACCGUCAAUCUAAAUGCUAAGUGCAGACUUGUAGCCUAACACUAGAACUAAGCAAAUGACACGGGGUACAAUAAGUAAGUGCUGUUGGUCAUUUUGCAUUUGUUGGCUUUUUCUGUAUUGGGUCAAUACCCAUGUGUAUUAUCUGAAGGCUUUCUUUAAGGCCGAUCUAAAUGUCUCACUUAUCUCUCAAUUUGCCCGAGUCCCUUAAGAAGUAGAAUAGUAUUUUGCUCAUACCACAUGGCUGACUCAAUCCUCCACACGCCACUAACUUGACUAUGGAGAACUCAACGUACUGACUCAUUUGCCAUACUCGCUGGACGUGUGCUAGUUAAAAGCCCAGACACGUGUUUCGCCGAUUUUGGGUGAAGCUGCAUGGCGUAGCUGCGAGGGAUUAGAUUCAUCUGGGGGUCUUCCAGCAUCUCCCAUGUGCAUUCUGGUAUAUACUCCAGUUUUUAGUGUUGCCCUUUCCAGUUUCUUCAUGUGCCUUCUCCACUUUAUACUACAGUUUUAGAUGUUGAGUUUUUAAAUGUUAUCAGCGACUAGUGUGUGCGCGCUUGGAUUAAAUUCUCCCACACAAACCAUCUCGGUUUUGAUCCGCAAAUCGAUACGCAUAUUUUCAGCGGAGUAACUGCGUGGUAUUCAGAUUCUGCCAACGGGUAGUCAGUGGUAUAUGAAUCCUUAACUAGCCGUUUGCUAGGCACUUAUGGACACGGUCUAACUAUCCGAAGGCAUAGACUGACAACGGGCCACAGGGUUUUUACGCCAUUGAGUCUGCACCCACAUGUCAUUUGACGUUCGAUUCCGUUUAUCGUGAGCAUCUGUGGCGAAUAAUAGAACUAGAUGAUGUGUCGGCCAAAAUCCUUGCCACGAUCAAGGCGUGCCAUCAUUCCACCACCCCACGGGUUCUCCCCCAACCAUCCGAUAUCCAAUCUGGUGUUCGAUAAGGUUGCAUCCUGUCGCCAAUUCUGUUCAAUCACGCCAUUGACUGGAUUCUCGGAAGGGCCCCACACAGUUUUAAUGCUGUUGAGUUCCCACCCGGAGGCCCGCUGUCUGAUCCAAACUACGCUGACGAUAUUGUCAUGCUAUCCUCAAGCCAGUAUGAUCUAAGGCGUGUGGUGUCACGGAUGAGUGGAGUCGCUCAAUCCGCCGAUUCAUCCAUAAACACUGGGAAGAUUAAAGUGUUUUAGAUCUGCAUCCCUGUCCAAGAAAAGGCGCCCUUCCGGAUUAAUGGCCGUCAGCUUAAAGAUGUGGGUAGGUUUAAAUACCCGGCGCGGGGUUGCUGCCUUAUAGUCAGAGUAAAGCCGGCAUCGUCUCUCGACUCGAUGCUACCUGCCAGAUUUUUACAAUCUUUUGAAGUACCUAUGAACCUGACGCGACUUCUCCACCGCCAAAAAGAUCCGUGUGCACCGUGCAUUCAUCCGGCCAGUCCCCCUAUACGGCUGUUAAUGUCGGGCCGUGCUUCAUGUUUGACCAGCGCUACAUGAAGACUAUCCUUCGGGUGAUGUGUACCAAUUUCGUCUUUAAUGAGAUAGUCUGCGUUCGCCGCGACAUCAUCGCGAGGAUAUCUCAGUCCAUCCAAGAAAGACGACUGAGCUUGUUUGGGCGCCUUCUUCGUCGUCCAUCUUAUGAGCUCAAUAUUUCUGCCCUCGAUCCGUCGUCGUUGUUCACAUGAAACCUUCUAAAAGGAGGUUAACUCGAAACCUUACUCUAAACGGUCCGUCAAGACUGGAUAGGGGUUCUUGGAGCUUCGACUUUCGGUCUCUGGCGCUCCGGUCGAGCUCACCAGAUCCGCUGUCACAGGUCGCCAGGUGUGGAGCGGCAAAAUCCGCGACACCGCCAGGACCGGGUAGAUCAAGCAUGGACACAACUGUGCUAAGCACAAACACUAACAACCCGUCCUUCCGACUGCAGGUAUCGCUGUCGACAGAGUACCCGUGAACGAGUGCAUUUCGCCAAUCCACAUUCGUGACACCCAGUUUAGCAACGGAAGUCCACUUUUGUGAACGCAAAAACGAAGCCUCCACCAUUCUGCCGGUUUCCUGCCUGUUCCUAUAUCAAAUUUCGCCGUACUAAACUUUCCAUAGGUUUGAAUACGUCGAAUAGCAGCAUUGAUUCAGCGUUUUCGACUACCCGACAACUUCACGUUACGCUGUAACAUUAGUAUGAACCCCAGAUGUUUCUCUGGCUCUUACCUCCUUCCGCCCACUCAUUCGGUCUCUGCACCCAGGCCUCCUAACACGGUCUGCUUAGGUUGUUUUCGCCUUGUAUGCGCGUCAUUUUUUGCAACUACCGUUAGUGGAUUUCUUCUCACUGUUCGUCUAUCUUCUCCCGUCCACAUGUCGGUGCUCAACUUCAUUUAUUUUAAAAUGUUUUAUUUUUUUCUCCCCUUAUUGUUGUGCUUUCUCACAGAACGCCCAUGAGUCUCUUCGUUAGUCCGUCGCCAGUCGUCAAGCGCCUCAUCAGCUACAUCAAAGAGGGCUCUGACAAGGAGGAAAAGUGGAAGGAGAAAGCCGUCAAGUCUCUGGUGAAACGGUUAAAGAAGGGCAAUCAGUUAGAUGAACUUGAACGCGCGGUUGCCACGCAGGACAGUUCAACGCGCUGUGUCACCAUUCCACGCUCACUGGAUGGACGGUUACAGGCAUGUCUGUUUUAA